GUUGCAAACGCCAAUCCGGGCCCAAUGUAAACCGCGCGGUGUCUGCGGUGGAAAAUUGUAGGUCUUAUCAAGGAAGGAAAAGUCGGUGAGCUCCCUCGUCUAAUCAUGCACUCUUAUCUCACUCGAAAUGAGUUUCAAGAUAUCGAGAAGAAAAAUGACCCGUCGCUGCACACGCGUGUCCUGCACGCAUUCCUGUCCGGCCUCAAGUUCUCGAAGGAGAAAUCUCGAGUCGACACGGAAGAGGCGAGGAAGUAUUUCGAUCGGUGCCUUGAUUUGCGCGCUCAGGAACCAUGGCCGCAACCGAUUACCUUGUACCAGCCGUACGAGGUGGAGCAGAUUCUGCUUCCCGACAACGCGAACUGCCUGGCGGUGCAGGCCUUCCUCAAGAUGUGCCAGCUCGACUUUCAGAUAGAGCCGAGGAAGAAUGCGGAGUUCAUGUCGCCGUCCGGUCGCGUGCCCUUCAUCAAAUGCGGCACGAAAUUGAUAUCCGAGUUCGACGGUAUAGUCGCGCACAUAGGAAGCAAAGGGACAAGCCUGUCCGAUCAUCUGGACCCCGCCGGCAAGGUGGACAUGAGGGCGUACCAGUCUCUCGUUAACAAUGUAUUUGUCAACGCGGAACUGUACAUCUGCUGGGUGGAUCCGGCGAUUUUGAAUGGGGUCACGAAGCAGAGGCACGGAAGCGUGUACCCUUGGCCGCUUAAUCAUUAUUUGAACUGGCAGAAGAGACGAGAGGUCAUAAAAAGGCUCAGCGUACUCGGCUGGUACAACAAGAGCUUAGACGAGGUCUUUGACGACGUGAAGAAGUGUUGCAUAGCGUUAUCGGAGAGGCUAGCGGACGAGGAAUUUUUCUUUGGAAAAGACAAACCCAACGAGUUGGACGCCCUGGUUUUUGGUCACAUAUUCACGAUAAUCACGACACCGCUGCUCGACAACAAGCUGGCUAUGAUCGUGCGGGGCCAUCCGAAGCUCGUGAAUCUCUGUAAACGCAUCGAGAUUAGCUUUUUUUCUCCUCAAGCUAUAGACAGUCAGACUAAUGAAACGCUGGAGUUCAAGAAUUAAGCCAAUGAUCCAACCGUGCAGAGGAUAUCGAAUUAAAAGAGAACACGGCGAUCUUUGUUUUAAAUAAAUUCAAACGUGAUAUCCCAAUGUCGGGCGAUAAAAACGUGCCGAGGCAUAUCGAAGCACGGUUUCGGAAGCUAUCGAUUAGGUAUAUAAAAUCUCUCGUUUUCAUCCAAUGUACUGCCGAUUGUCAUAUCAAUGUUCACAGUGAUAUUUAUAUAUGAUCAUUUUUACAUAUUUAUAAUUAUUUUAUUGAAGUAUGUAGUUUUAAUAGUAUAAUGUAUAAUUGUUAAGCGCGCCGUUAGAUUAAAGUAUGUCAUCGAUGUUGUACAGUAAUGUAGAUCAGGGAGAAACAAUUUUCUAGUCAAUACACCAUUCUCCAUUUUUGUCUGUUGCAUGCAGAUACGAGAGAGGUAAUUUUCGAUGUAUACAUCGUGUAUAUAUGUAAUGACUGCAUGUAAAAAAUUUGAAUACAUAUUUUCUCUGAGUCUAUGUUAAUA